CUGUGGUUCUAGCUAGCAAGCAGCCCUGCGUUGUUGGUGCAGAUGCCGUCUUGGCCAACAGACUGGUUAUAAAUGAAGAGAGACAGAAAUUUGUGUCUUCUGAAUUAAUUACACCGUCCCAAUUCAAGAAGCAUGGCUGAAUCCAGUAAUAACUACAGGCUGAUAAACAUGGAAGGGAAUAAACUCAAUCACUCACAGAGUUACCAAGAGAACACUUCAGCAGAGAUAAAAAGAAUGAAAAAACGAUUUCUCCAGAAAGAUGGAAGCUGCAAUGUGUACUUCAAACACAUCUUUGGGGAGUGGGAGAGCUAUGUGACUGAUAUUUUCACCACAUUAGUGGACAUCAAAUGGCGCCAUAUGUUUGUGAUCUUCUCAUUGUCCUACAUCCUUUCCUGGUUGUUCUUUGGCUUAGUGUUUUGGCUGAUUGCGCUCCAGCAUGGAGACUUAUCACCUGAUGAUGAAAAAACCCCUUGUGUUGAUAAUGUUCACAGUUUCACUGGGGCGUUCUUAUUCUCCCUAGAAACCCAGACAACCAUAGGCUAUGGAUCCCGUUGUGUCACUGAAGAAUGUUCUUCAGCAAUUCUGACAGUUGUCCUACAGUCAGUGUUAGGGUGUAUCAUUGACACAUUCAUCAUUGGAGCUGCGUUGGCAAAAAUGGCCACCGCCCGAAAGCGAGCUCAGACCAUCCGCUUCAGCUACUAUGCCACAAUAGGCUUAAGAGAUGGCAAACUCUGCUUGAUGUGGCGAGUAGGUGAUUUCCGACCUAAUCAUAUGGUAGAAGGCACAGUGAGAGCCCAGGUCUUGCGAUAUGUGGAAGAUAAAGUGGGGAGGAUGACAAUGGAAUACAAGGAUUUGAAACUACUAAAUGACCAGAUCAUUGUUGCUACGCCGGUGACAAUUGUACAUGAAAUUAACCAAGACAGCCCAUUGUAUGAUCUGGACAGGAAAACUCUGGCUAAAGACAACUUUGAGAUUCUGGUUACAUUUGUCUACACUGGAGAUUCAACCGGAACAUCACAUCAGUCAAGGAGUUCGUAUGUACCUAGAGAAAUACUUUGGGGGCACAGAUUUAAUGAUGUUUUGCAGAUGAAGAAGAAAUACUACAAAGUCAACUGCCUCCAGUUUGAAGAAACCACCGAGGUUUAUGCUCCCUAUUGCAGUGCCAAGCACCUAGAUACGAAGGAACAAGAAUACACAACUUUUGAAAAGGCAAAUGAUGGAGAACCUGGGACAUCGUCUUCAGGAGUCAGAGUCCGAUCAUGUAGUGCUGAUGCUUUCAUCAGCCAUUGCGAAAUUUCUGAAGGUUCACCCCAAAUGUCUAAGCAAGCUAAUGAAGCAGAGCUACCCUAUGAAAAAACUCUUGUGACUUUAAGCAGAAUCUCAAUGGAAUCCCAGAUCUAGAGAUCAACUGAAAUGGCAGCUGCCAAUUUUGACAAAGCUGCAGCAGUUUUCAAAUGCACAAGUUUUAACAAGUACUUAAUGACAUGAUCAUCAAAUGAUAAAAUGAACAACAGAUUCAUUCACUUCAUCCAGAUUUCACUCUAAGGGUCAGACGAGAGGUAACAGCAUCCUUGUGUCUGCCAUGGGACCAACACUGCCAUUUCAAAAUGAUUUUAAAAUGCUGCAUGCAGCGUGGUGGGGUGAGGCACUCAUAUCCUCUGCCCCAUGCCUUUUCAAGUGCCAAAAUGGCUACAUCCUCCUACGGCUGUUUCAGCCUAUUCAAGGGUGGGGGAACAAAAGAACCUCAGCCUGCAUUAUUGCAGGAUCAGGGUCUCAUGAAUUUGUAGACUACUUUAAAAUGGCAGCAGCAUCUUUGUUGCUGACACAAGGGUGCUUUCAUGUCUAGAUUGGCCCUACGUGGCACUCAUUUUCUGCAGAUGUCUUAAUAUUGCUAGAUUAUCCCUGUGACAAGUCACACAAUUUUGAAAAACAGUAACACUAUUCUCAAAACAAUAAUCAUCAGAUGCAUCACUGGAGAAUGUCUUAUUUGGUAGGAAUGUCAAAGUUGCCUUGCCACUGAAUUUAAGUUUAAACUGGCUCAUUCCUAUUGAAGCCUAUGAUUUAGACAGAACAUGGAAUUGUGUUUUGGAUCAAUUUAAAUCAUCUAUAUCCAAGGACGUGGAAUGGUAUACUAUGGCCUGAUCUCAUCAGAUAUUGGAAUCUAAGCAGGGUCGGUACUUGCUUGGUACCAUCAAGGAAAACUUUGCAGAGGAAGGCAAUGGAAACACCUCCACCCAACUUAAUCACUUGCCUUGAAAACCCUAUUGGGUUACCAUAGAUUGGCUGUGCCUUGACAGCAUGUUACAUGUGCACACACACAUAUCCAAGUACUGAAUAUAGAUAAUUUAAACUGGUCCCAAACACAGUACGAAGUAACAGAUUUGUGCAUUUCAGCAUAAUUCAUUUGGGUGCCUCUACAUCCAAACUACAUCCAACCCUACCCUCCCUUUAAAAGUUGGACUUCUGUAUGCUGGAUGCAUUUUGUUUUCUUUUAAAAAAUCAAAGUAAUCACUUUCUUUUGUGAAGAAAAUACUUGGGGUUCAGCCUAAAUAAUUAAAUAAAAAUGUUAU